AUGCCGCUUCGGUUGGGCCGCAGCACUUCGGCGUCUGUGGUGUUCAUCAUGUCGCAGAACCCAUUCGCCGACAAGGAGAGGACCGAAAAGAUAGCCACCGCCGAAGUAUGCACUGGUGAGACCCAGAGUUUGUGUCCUGGUCAUAUUGGAAACGGAAGAAACAGCAUUAUUAAGGGCGUUCAAGAGUCCAUAAGAAAAGCCCCAUAA